AUGGUUCUCAUCGUCCUGUCAGUCAGUCGCUGUCAGAAGAAUGAAAGAGACUCAUCUGGUUGUCCAGCCCAGACCCGCUCCUCCUUCCUGCUGUCCCCCGCCGCCCUCAACCCCAUCCCGGGCUACACCCCGGGCCUCUCCCCUGCCCUCAACCCCAUCCCGGGCUACACCCCGGGCCUCUCCCCUACCCUCAACCCCAUCCCGGGCUACACCCCGGGCCUCUCCCCUGCCCUCAACCCUGUCCCGGGCCUCUCCCCUGCCCUCAACCCCAUCCCGGGCUACACCCCGGGCCUCUCCCCUGCCCUCAACCCCAUCCCGGGCUACACCCCGGGCCUCUCCCGUGCCCUCAACCCCAUCCCGGGCUACACCCCGGGCCUCUCCCCUGCCCUCAACCCCAUCCCGGGCUACACCCCGGGCCUCUCCCCUACCCUCAACCCCAUCCCGGGCUACACCCCGGGCCUCUCCCCUGCCCUCAACCCCAUCCCGGGCUACACCCCGGGUCUCUCCCCUACCCUCAACCCCAUCCCGGGCUACACCCCGGGCCUCUCCCCUGCCCUCAACCCUGUCCCGGGCCUCUCCCCUACCCUCAACCCCAUCCCGGGCUACACCCCGGGCCUCUCCCCUGCCCUCAACCCCAUCCCGGGCUACACCCCGGGCCUCUCCCCUGCCGCCCUCAACCCCAUCCCGGGCUACACCCCGGGCCUCUCCCCUGCCCUCAACCCCAUCCCGGGCUACACCCCGGGCCUCUCCCCUACCCUCAACUUUAUCCCGGGCUACACCCGGGGCCUCUCCCCUGCCCUCAACCCCAUCCCGGGCUACACCCCGGGCCUCUCCCCUGCCCUCAACCCUGUCCCGGGCCUCUCCCCUGCCCUCAACCCCAUCCCGGGUUACACCCCGGGCCUCUCCCCUGCCCUCAGCCAGCCUUGCUGGCUAUCAGUCUGGGGAGACCAGCCACAAGCACAAGAGAUGAACCAGCAAACACGUGUCCUGUGAGGACUCCAGAACGGAGAGUGGAAGCUGGGAUAGAGAGUUCCAUAUGGUCUGGAGCUGGCUUCAUAAAGGGAUGUAGAGCAGGAUAGCUUGACGCACAAGCACACAAACUGCUCACAUCACUGACGAUGCUGGGAUAGUGGAGGUGGCAGGUGAUGGGUGAAUUCUAGAGCGAGUGAAGGAGAGAGAAUAUUGACAUCAACAGCAACUCAAAAUGUAUUGACAUCGCCUCAUCAGAAAGAUAAGAAGAAUACUACACAUCUCAUGGUUUGCUGACUAACCUAAAGGGAACUCCAACUAACCUUUAUGGCUCUAUUCAAUCCGUAUCGCGGAAGUACAGCGUUACAGCUCCAUUGAAAUUUAAAGGCAAUAUUUCCACGUUAGCGGAGACUGCAUUCCCAGUAAAUUCUGCAUUUCGCUACACUCACAAUAACAUCUGCUAACCAUGUGUAUGUGACCAAUAAGAUUUGAUUUGCAUAUGUCGGCUCAAUCGGAAAUGACCUUUACAUUUCUAUUGUGUUAUCUGUAACGCUGCAGCGACACAGACUGAACAGAGCCCUAAGACUUUCUCUAAGGAGCAGAACCCCAUGACUGAAGGUAAGCCUCCAGGCUUCAGCACCAUUCCUCCUGAAUGUUAGCAGCUGCCCUCAUUAACAGCAGUUCAUCAGCCAGGGGAAUAGCUGUAUCUGUUGGUCUGUCUCACUGGGGUCACCCUUGUUAGCUUUAUUGCUCUGGCCUAUUGGGCUGGCCCCUCACUGGCUUUGCAUGAGAACAUGUUCCAUCUGUGAGAUCAUCUCUGGGAUCAGUCUUGUGACUGCAUGUGUCUAUGUGUAUCCCGGCAUACCUGCUUGUCAAGAGUUUGUUUCCAAAACUCUAUAUCCACCAAUUUUUCACAUUGUGUUUUUUCAACAGAAAUGAUUGCUUAUGGGUACUUUCAUGCUUGUGUAAAAUAUAACAGUUAUUUGUUAGAUAUUUGUUACACUUCACUGUAUAAAAGCUAGCAGUACUACUUAUUUAUCUGAGAGUGAGCCCGAUAUAUAACAUUAUGCAAAAUAACAUGAUUAUUUGUCUCUAUGAAACCAUGAAGUAACAGAUUUUAAACAGCGUCUGUCAUUGAACAAUAAACAAUAAAAGCUCAUUUACCAACA